CUUUGGAGAUUUCUCUCCAAAUAAUUGAACUCUGGUUUUUCCUGUCACGUAAUAGCGAUAUUUUGUCAUCUACUCCCUCGUACUUCACAUCACAUGGUUGUGUGCUCAUAUCAGCGCCGUCUAUUUGACAAUGUUGGGAUCUCUGGAAUGCCGCUCGAUUGGCUUAUGCACUUUUAGUAUCAGAUGCCGUAGUGGCCUGUUUUUGCACGCUUCCAGGCAUUGAAGAGGGCAACGUUGCAUUUUAUGCGAUUGACAUCAUAUUUCUUAUUAUAUAAAGCAUUUACAACCUUCCCCAUUUACACAGCUGACAUCCAACCUGCCUAGUCAUGGGGUUGAACGAUGAAGUUGGUGUCAAAGAUUUUGAACACCAACCCAUGAACAUGAAGAAUCCGAGACAAGGAGGGUUUAGAGCCACCUAUUUCAUCUUUGUGAUGAUGGGGCUGGACAACAUAGGAUUUGUGGCUAAUAUGGCAAGCAUGGUUUUAUAUUUCUUGUUCAUCAUGCACUUUGACCUCUCUGGCUCUGCAACCACGACCACCAACUUUUUGGGCACGGCAUUCUUGCUGACAGUUGUCGGAGGGUUCAUCUCUGAUAGCUAUAUGACUCAUCUCAACACUUGUAUUCUCUUUGGAUCGAUUCAAAUACUGGGAUAUGUGUUGCUUAUAAUUCAAUCCCAUUACCAUAAACUGCAACCUGAGCCUUGUGGGGAGUCAACCUGCGUCCAUGGAACAAAAGCUUUGCUGUUUUAUGCUUCGAUAUGGUUGGUGGCACUUGGAGGAGGUGGAAUCAGAGGCUCUGUUCCAACUUUAGGGGCUGAUCAGUUUGACGACAAGGACCCCGAAGAACGCAGGCUUAUAGCCACCUUCUUCAAUUGGUUUCUGCUUUGCAUUACCAUUGGGGCUUCCAUUGGUGUAACAUUUGUGGUGUAUGUCAGCUCACAUGUUGGGUGGGACAAAGGUUUUAGCAUCUCCAUGUCGUGCGCAUUUGUUGGCCUUGUCUGUCUUGCAUUAGGAAAGUCAUUUUAUCGUGUUCGGGUGCCGGGAGAAAGUCCAUUGUUGAGAGUCUUGCAGGUUUUGGUGGUGACAGUGAAGAACCGGAAGGUAGAUGUUCCCAACUCGGAUGAACUCUAUGAGCUACGCCAGCGCAAGUCUCUUUCAAAUGCAGAGCUCAUCCCCCACACCAACCAGUUCAGAUUACUAGACAAGGCGGCAGUUCUGCCAAAAGGCAUGGAGGCAAGAAAAUGGAGUGUCUGCAGUGUAACGCAAGUGGAAGAAGUGAAGAUUCUGACAAGGAUGAUGCCCAUCCUCAUAAGCACCAUCUUCAUGAACACAUGUUUAGCUCAGUUGCAAACCUUUUCUGUCCAACAAGGGACAAUCAUGAACACACUCAUUGGCAGAUUGAAUGUCCCACCAGCCUCAAUUCCCGUGAUUCCUUUAGUGUUCAUGUCCCUUCUCAUACCCGUCUACGAAUUCGCCUUCGUGCCGAUUUUGCGCAAAAUCACCGGUCACCCCAACGGCAUAACUCAUUUGCAGAGAGUGGGGGUUGGACUUGUCCUCUCUGCAAUCUCAAUGGGAAUAGCAGGCAUCAUAGAGGUGAAGAGGAAGCAUGAAUUCGUCCACCACAAUUAUCGCAUCAGCCUCUUCUGGCUUGGUUUCCACUAUGCCAUCUUUGGAAUUGCUGACAUGUUUACAUUCGUGGGGCUGCUGGAGUUUUUCUACAAGGAGGCUCCUCCCGGCAUGAGAUCCCUUUCCACCUCCUUCAGCUGGCUCUCUCUGUCCAUUGGCUUCUUCUUGAGCACGGUGUUCGUUGAGCUCAUCAACUUGGUCACCGGUAAGCUCAGUAAGAGCAAGACCGGGUGGCUUGCAGGGCGUGACAUGGACAAGAAUCACCUGGAGCGCUUCUACUGGUUCUUGGCAGUUCUCAGCAUCCUUAAUUUUGCAAAUUAUGUGUUUUGGGCAAAAUGGUACAAGUAUAAAACUGAUGUUCCCAUUGAUGAAGAGAUGCUACUCAGAUCAAGCCAAGCAGGCAGCGUAGAUCAGUCAUUGUCUGCUAGUACUCUGAGCUUUAUAACUAAAAACCAAGCCGCCCCCAUGAACCAAGAACAAGAAGAUCAGAAAAAGAAUGUGGUUUAAGUAAUCUUACAUGCAUGACAACUUAAUAUGUAUGCUCUACUGAUUAAUAAAUUAAGUACUUUCUCAUGUAUAUUUGAAGUGUUCAUGCAUGAAUGGUGGGCAAGAUUCAGAACUAAAUGUUUUCUUGGAUUUAAUAUCUUUUAUCAGUUGGGAGUCUGGCAUAUUGAGUAUCUUUCUCUUGUACUAAUCGACUAGCAGCAAAGAGCUAUCCUGAGAACGGCCAUUUUCUUU